AUGACCAAGCUCAUAACCAUCUUUGGCGCCACCGGCGCUCAAGGAUCCUCGGUUCUUAAUUCCCUUGCGUCAAACACCUCCCAUCCCUUCACUCUCCGCGGUAUAACCCGUAAUCCAUCUUCCUCCUCAGCUCAAAAGCUUGCAGCUUCGGGGGUCGACGUCGUCAAGGCAGAUGGCUGGGACAAAGAUUCCCUAAUUUCCGCAUUCAAAGGAAGUUGGGGCGUAUUCGUGAACACUAAUUCUGAUGACGCCGUGUUCGAGAAUCCGGAUGAGAAGAAAACGGAGUUCGAUCUCGGUAAGAUCAUUGUGGAUGCAGCUGCUGAAGCGGGGGUACAGCAUUUUGUGUACUCCGGAAUGGCUUCUGCAAAGGAAACCUCAAAGGGGAAAGUAUCGGUUGAUGCAUUUGACCACAAGCACGCCAUUGCCGUCUAUGCGCAAUCCCUCAAGACCUUCAAAACUGUUGCAACUCCCAGCGCAGGAUGGUACCUAGAGAACUUCCUGCUUGAGGAUAUGGCCCCAAUCUUCGGUGGGUUUCCUUUCAUACCCUCCGAGAACGGAACUUUAGUCUUCCGGUCUCCACGUUGGGGUGGAAAAGAGGAUGUGCCAUUCAUUGCAGUGGGUGAUGACUUUGGCGACAUUGUGCAUGGGAUUUUCUUAGAGCCGGAGAAGUGGAAUGAGGCGUUAGUGCAAGGCGUCAGUGAUGUGAGGAGUUUCCAAGAUGUGGCUGCGGCGUAUGAGAAAGCGACUGGAAAGAAAACUGCGUUUGAAGAGAUCUCGAAAUGGGAGGAUCUGGAAGUGUAUGGUAUCCGAGCUCUUGAGACCGUUAAGGGGAUGUUUGGUUUUUGUCAGGAAUCUGGGGGGCGCUAUUAUGGAGUGGAGAACGAGAAAGCAACGGCUGCGCAGUUAAAGAAGAGAGCCGCCGAGGCAAGGGGACAGACUGGUGAGGAGACGAAGUUGAUGACACUCGAGAAGUGGUUUGAGCGGGGCUUUGGGCAGAAGUGAG